GUACCGUUCAGCAACCUCACGAGGAUGCUUCCCCCGCCUGACGUAAGAGCAAAUUGGCUACUUGCAUGCAUAUUGGUGGUACCUUCCCCAAACAAGCGAAUGAUUGCGGUUGAGCCCCUCAGCUUAUUGACACUGGCGUUCCAUAAGACCGUGACAACUUGAAGAGAGUUUUAAAGCUCAGGCUAAGUCGGCCGGAACCCACCGACUCAACGCCGAAUUCCCUGCCCCGCUAAACCCCUCGUGCCCCUCAUGAAUUUUGAUAACUAGCAUCUUUAGGCCGUUAUCGGAACACUUUGCGGGAAGACUCGAAAGUAGCGGGGUGCAAAAUGAGUCAACCGGUAAACCCGCUCAUCGAGAAAAAUAACCUAAGUGAUUGAUUGACUUGAUCUUUCCAGGCCGGAGCAGGACUUUACGGGAGAAUCUCGCAACCACUUCAGCUAGUCACACAGUCGCUUGCGAGAACGAGCACUGAAUUCAGUUGUCUGCCCAAGAUGGCCUCUCAACACAAGGUGCUUAUGCUCGGCGCGGGCUUCGUGACGCGGCCCACUCUCGACAUCCUCAGCGAGGCUGGCAUCCCCGUUACAGUUGCCUGCCGCACCCUGGCCAGCGCCCAGCAGCUUUCCAAGGGCGUCCAGAAUGCGCACCCCAUCUCGCUCGACGUGACCGACGAGAAGGCGCUGGACGCCGAAGUGGCCAAGCACGACCUGGUCAUCAGCCUGAUCCCCUACACCUUCCACGCCGCCGUCAUCAAGUCGGCCAUCCGCACCAAGAAGCAUGUCGUCACGACAAGCUAUGUGUCGCCGGCAAUGCUCGAGCUCGAUGCCGAGGCCAAGGCCGCCGGGAUCACCGUCAUGAACGAGAUCGGCCUGGACCCUGGCAUCGACCACCUCUACGCUAUCAAGACCAUUGACGAGGUCCACCGGGCCGGCGGCAAGAUCCUCAGCUUCCUGUCCUACUGCGGCGGCCUGCCCGCCCCGGAGGACUCGGACAACCCGCUCGGCUACAAGUUCUCAUGGUCGUCGCGCGGCGUGCUGCUCGCGCUGCGCAAUGCCGGCAAGUGGUGGCAGGACGGCUCAGUCGUUGAGGUUGCCGGCAAAGACCUGAUGAAGACGGCCAAGCCGUACUUCAUCUACCCCGGCUUUGCCUUCGUCGCCUAUCCGAACCGCGACUCGACCGCGUACAAGGAGCGGUACAGCAUCCCCGAGGCGCAGACCGUCAUCCGCGGCACUCUGCGCUACCAGGGCUUCCCGCAGUUCAUCAAGGUGCUCGUCGACAUCGGCUUCCUCGAGGACGCCCCGCUCGACGUGCUGUCGCGCCCCGUACCGUGGAAGGAAGCCACACAGGCCAUCGUCGGCGCGCCGUCUUCAUCCGCUGCCGACCUCGAAUCGACCAUCCUGUCCAAGGCGACCUUCGAGUCGGAAGAGGACCAGAAGCGCAUCCUGUCCGGCCUCCGCUGGAUCGGCCUGUUCUCCGAUGAGGCCAUCACUCCCAAGGGCAACCCGCUCGACACGCUGUGCGCGACGCUGGAGCGCAAGAUGCAGUAUGAGGAGGGUGAGCGCGACCUCGUCAUGUUGCAGCACAAGUUCGAGAUCGAGCACAAGGACGGCUCGCGCGAGACCCGCACCUCGACACUCUGCGAGUACGGCGACCCCAAGGGCUACUCGGCCAUGGCCAAGUUGGUCGGCGUGCCGUGCGCUGUGGCCGUCAAGCAGGUGCUCAGCGGGCAGAUCGCCGACAAGGGCGUCCUAGCCCCCAUGAGCACCAAGCUUACCGAGCCGCUGAUGAAGGAACUGCACGAGAAAUACGGCAUCACGAUGGUGGAGAAAACCCUCUCGUGAGCAGAUGACCGUCUCUGUGGGUUAAUCGGAUCUCAAAAUGCAUGGAUUGAGGAUAGAGAAAAAAAAAUGAAAUCCGCAUACCUCUCUGUAUUGUCUAUGCUUGCCUCCGGCCAAGGGCGUACUCGCAUCCCACCCGCAUAUUGCUCACCAUAUGCCUGCGCAAUUCACACUGACCACCAUCAGAUUGUUCCCCUCGAUCUCACGACUACGUUAUUGCCUGGCGUCCGUCUUACUUCCCUCGGCUCUCUGGUGGGUUCAAUAGGUGAGAGGGAUGUAGCGAAAGUACGGAGUAAUAGUUACCUAGGUUCUAACCUAGAUGAAUCUGGCAAAACAGGAAGGGUUCUCCGGAAAGGUUCUGUUGAGUCUCUCACACAGUCCCAAGCUUGUAGUCUGAUAGCUCCAUUGAAGGAUUUCUGAGAGGAUGAGACGAAGUUGCGCGGUGGGAGUACGCUUGACUUCAAAUGCAAGAAUUGCCUGGUGUAGAGGAGGAGGCCGU